UUUAUUCUUAUUUUAUUCUCAUAUGAUGAGAUUAGAAAGAUUCACAGUUGUUGGUGCCUAUGGCGAAGGUUUCUAGUCCAACAUUUGGAGGUCUUAUGGCGGUUUGGGUGAUGAUAGUAGUGGUCCACACCAUCUUAUGUUUGGACAUACUUACCUGAGCUGAUGAGGUUGAUAACUGGGCUUCAACUAAAAGGAAAGAAAAAACGAAAAAGACGUAUAACGCGACAAGGGAGCAGCCAAAGCAGAUGUUGUGUGUUAAGGUCUAAUUAUUUUAAGAUCAUGUUGUGUGUAAAGCUCUCAUUUUCAGAUUAUACAGCACUUUUUUUUAUAAAGGUGGAAUCUGUAAGAUAAAUUUUUCCUAUAAAGUAUCUUGUAUGGCUUCAUAUUUUGAAUAGUAGCCUGUUUACUAAGAAUCACUGUCAAGCUCCGCCUAUGUGCUAGUCCUCCCCCGAUUGCCUAUGAUUUUUUUUUCCCUGGAUUUGGGUCCAAUUUAGGCUCCUUUGGUCCCGUCUAGUCUUGCAUAAGCGUUAGGCCCUACUUUACCCUCUAGGGACUGCCUAUGUUUUUUAGAACACUGAGCAUUACCAAAGUUAUCAAUUCACCUUCCAUUGCAAUUUUAAGACCAUAACUUAUUCAAACUUUAGGCAAUAGGAUGGAUACAUGCCUGGGUUUUUUAGGUUAGAGGCUCUUCAUUCAUCCAUUCAUCAUCAUUACCUCAGCGCUACAAAGGCUCCCACCCUAGGUUCGAUGCUAUGGGAGUAUAUUAGAAGGCCACUUGGAAUUCACUCUGCCAUAGAUGGUUAUUAUUUUGUAGUGUUAUAUUUUACUAAACCAUUAGGAGACACCUAAGGUCAAUAGAAUUCAUAUGGAUUGUUCUCAGAUGUCUAUGUGCAGGCAAUAACAUAAAUAUAGGUAGUACAAACAGAACAUUCUAGGAGGUGGGUAAGUUACUAAUGAAAUAUUGCCUUCUAUAAUAAAAGGAAAAUGAUAGAGGGACUAUCAUUUUUUAUUACUCUUAGUUAGCAUCUACUCACAAAAAAGAGAUAAUUUUGAUUUAAUGAUGAGAUAGAUUGUUAACUAAGAAGUACAAUAUAGUCUACCAAAUAGCUGUUCAUUCUUCACUUCCAUGAAGAAAACAUAGUUAAAAUAAACUUAUCUGAAACAAAAGACAUGUACAAUAAAAGCAAACAAUGUUUAUUCACCGACAAAGGAUAACUUAAGAGCGGGACAGAAUUGGAAAUGUAACUUCUUUUCCAAAGGCGGCAUUUCAAGAAUGAAAGACUCAUUAAAGGUAGGAUCCCAACAUUGAUACUCAUGUCCUAAUUUCCAUAGCUAUGUUUUCACAUUCUAUGCUGUGCGCUAGGGCAUACUUUAGUUUGCCCUCACUUUUUUGCUCAAGUGUAAUCACAUCCUGGAAGGGGAGCCGUGGCACACCGGUUAUGGUGUUGUUGUGAGACCCAGAGGUCACGGGUUCAAGUCUUGGAAGCGGCCUCUUGUCAAAAUGACAAGGGAAGGAUCACUCCUGAUUCCCUUUCUUUCCUUUCUUUCCUUUCUUUAAUCACAUCUUGAUGUACAGAGGGGUCUUUGGUUCAUGUCCCAAUGUCCUUCUCUUCACACAAUGUAUCUUUCUUUGUCCUGAAAGAGAAGUUGAGAACAAGUUUCUUCAACAUAUAAAAUGAUACUCCUUAUGCUCAGUACCAUUGCCAUUUAACAACAUAGCUUUUACCUAGUUUUACAAUUUUGUAUUAUUGAGUUUGGAGGCAUUAGAGCAUUUACAACAAUCUCCUCAACUGAAUAUCUAAUUUCAUAAUUUUACUGACUUUAACUAAAACAGUAAACAGCAGUAAUAGUGUAAAAAAUCCAGAGUUCUUUUACGGAGAAAAUAUUACAUAUUAUCGUAGCAGGCAUUGGUAUGUGUUAGUUGCUGCAAGGCAAAACUAUUAAUUAGCGACAUAAUAGUUAAGCUCUUAAUAAGUUUGCUCUAUAUAGUCAUUGGUCAGUUAGUUACACAGUUUGUAGUUAAAAAGAGGUAAGCUAUUAAUAGUUCACCUUGAUCAGUUCUUGGUUAUUUAGUUAUCUAGUUUGUUUUUGAAGCCUUGUAAAUGGCACCUAUAUAAUGUAUAAGAAGAUUUGAUCUCAAACAUUAAACCUUCAUUGAGAAAAAUAAUUUAGGGAUAUGAUGAUCUCAAUAUAGACAUCUAAGGAAGUUGACAGUGUCAAUAAAAAGUCUUGUCAAACAUUCAAAUAAUAUUUUCCCGUGACUCAUCGAUCCCCUUCGUAAAAUUGUGGUUGCAUUGUUGACAUCAUGGAUUAUUUUAAACUCCCAUGAUGACCAACACACGCUCAAGAGAUAUAAAAUGAACAACACGACUUAAAAGUUAUUAGAAUAACUUUGGCUAUGUUUGCACGAUGAUUUCAGGUUAAAAUGAGCUUAGGUUUGAUCAAUUUAGACAAUUAACACACAUGUAGCCUUGUUUGGAUGAAAAGCUGAACUUGGUUGGGUCUAAAAUUAAUCAGCUAUUCUAAAUCGUUGCUAAUUUUAGCGGUUUAGUUCAGCCAUUUAGUUUACCGUAAGCUUAUGUCAACUUUACUAUCCCAUUAGUGAAAUUUUAUCUUAUGUCUAUAAAAUUUUAUUUUUAUGGCAAUUUUACAUUUAUCAGUCAUUAUUUUAGUUAGCAUUUCAGUUUCAACGAAACAUACCUUUCUAAUGAGCCCCCCACACAAGCUUGUCCCACAUCAAAACCACACAGCACCAUGCCAUCUGAUGCACUCACCACGAAUACUAAUCCUCCACCUCAGUUACCUGCAAAUCCACCGCUGCCAACUCCUCCACUUUCUCUUUUUGUAUUCAUAGCUGUAGCCAGACACAUCUACCUUCUAUCAGACAUUCCACAUGAAUCUACAUCUGGUAGGAAGGGUGGCUCACUUCUCGCUGCCUUUUUGUGGCAGAGUUAUGCGAAUGUUUAUAGCUUUUUCUUUUUCUCAUUGUGGUAACAAUAUGCCAAACACUUUGAGUCAUACAAAGGUAGGUGCCACUACAAUCAUGAAUCAUGUUCUUGUUUUAAAGCUUGAGGGCAAGUGUGAUGUCAUUGAUGGGUGUGAUGAUAUGAGUUUGUGGCAUUAGUGACAUUGCAUUAAACUAUUUAUCAGUUUACCUUUUUUAGUUUUUAGUUAUUCAGUCACUCAGUUUGCAUAUUGGGAAUAGUUUUGCAGUUCAAUAUUUUUCGCUAAAUAAUUUACUGGUUAUUUAGUCCCCUCAGUUGUAGUUUGGGAAGUAUUUUUAAAGCCUAUCUAUAUAAGGGGGUUUGGUGUCCAUUUAUAAACAAGUAAUGAUAACGAAAAGUUACUUAAAAGAGGAACUCAAUAAAAUUCUCCAAGCUAGUUGAGAGUCAAUAAAAACUAUUAUUUGCCUCUUAAAUUAUUCCCUUUCCAUUGGAUCCCUAGUUUGUAACAUUUUGAGUCGAAGUGCUAUAAAUGCUAUAACAUCUUGUUGAAAAUGAUCAGUAGUUAUCUUAAAAGAAUUGAAUGAUCCAACUUUAUCAAUUAUUGUAUGAAUGGAAUGGUAAUUUCUAAGACUUCCAAGACAUUCACACAUUCAUAAAUUGUUUUUCUUUUCUCAAUACUGAUAUAUAGGCCAAUAUUGCCAUUGAAGGAUACACUGCUGCAAUGGUUAUCUCUGAUUCCAAUUAUUGUUAUCACUGGCCAGUGGUUUUCAAGUAAGUUGUUUUGAUAAUGAAAUAUGGGCCAAUGUUACUGGGCUACUGGCAAACCCUUGGUGGCCCAAGUACCCAACCCAGUUGGUAAGAUACUAAGAUUCUUCUAAUUGGCCUGUAAAUAAAUCACUUGCUCAUUCUAACCCUAGUUGAGUUAGUUCAGCUACACCUACAGAGAUAUUUUUUUUUACCAAAGUACUCGUAAGUAGAACCAUUCCAUCAUUUGCAAUGGAGCCAAAGAUUCAAUAUUUUUUGGCUUGAGAAUAUGAUGGAAUAAAGCAAAAUGGCUCACUAAACUGUCUGCGCUUCUUUCUUGUGUCAGUCAAAUUCUCGAUCACUUUAGGUACAAAGAUUGAUAAAUAGUGCGCACAUCCAAAUCACUUUAGCGAAAGCUCAUAUUCAGGCAGGAGUAUGAGCUCAUAACUUAUUCUGAAGUCUGAACACUAUAGUAAAUCAAGCGUGUGACUAAAGGGAGCUUUUUGUUUAAUCCCCUCGAAUUCCUUGAUCCAAUCGUGUGUUAGGAUGUGUGCUGUGGAAAAGUUAAACCUCAGUCAUAUAUAAAUGCUUACCUAAUCCAUUGAGUCAAGGAUUGGUUGCUGAGACAAACAACACACUAAAGGAGUGGUGAACAAUAAGCCCCAUGACUUUUGCCUAACUGUUAAAGAACAAAAUCAAAGAGAAGUGUCUCUCGAGGUGUCAUCAUCAUCAUUACCCCAGUGCCGCAAUGGCUCUCACCUACGGUGGGGUAAGGGGGGGUCGGAUGUACGCAGUCUUACCCCUGUACUAAAGCACAAAGAGACUGUUUCUAGAUGACCCAUAGUGAAAAUUGCGUCCAAACCUGUAUGGACUGGCUGCUGCUUCAUAACAAAGAAGCGCAACCAGUUUAGUGAGCCAUUUUGCUUUAUUGCAUCAUAUUCUCAAGACAAAAAAUAGUGUCUUUGGCUCCAUUGCAAAUGAUGGAAACGUCUCUUGAGGCGUAAUUAUGUAAAUUAUUAUUAUGAACUGCUCACUUAGUUUUUUUAAAUCAAAGCCCAUUAGCACUAGCAUUACCUACCUACCAUUCCUACUGUUCUAAGGCGAUUAUGUUGAUGGGGUGAUGUUCUAAGGCGAUUACAUUCAUUGCUACUGACUUAAUGGCAGAAAGUUGAUCUGAGGAAAUCAAGUGUCAGAGAAGUUUUACUUUAUUUGAUGAGAUGCAUUAAUGGAGUAACUUUGUUUGUAGCAUUAUGGGGAGAGAAAGUGCAAUAUACGUACUCAUAAUUUAGAAGCAUUUCACCCUACUCACAAUUUGCAUCUAAAGGGGCUGUAUUGAUGUAAUUAGGCCCGUAAGCUUUAGUCCUGCUACACAAACCAAACUCUUUUGAGGUUUAUUGAAUUUGUUUGUGCUUUGUGGCUGAGUUGCAAUUUACUACAGUUUUUUACCCUCCAGAAUAUUUCCUGGUUGUAAUUUUAGCUCUGCAGAUUUUACUUGAUGAACAUUUUUUUAUGAUUUCCUUUGCAUUCUUUCAACAUUAUGUUAUUAAAUUUCUGUUAAUGCUUUUCAAACAAUUUUGUUAAACACAAGCCCAAUUGUCAUCUCUACAUGCUAAAAUAGAUCUUGCAGUAAUAUUUAGAUUCUUCUAAGUUUCGUUCCUGAAGACAAUAGUUUAGUUAUCUAUAUUGUCCAGUGUGCUAAGUUCUAUGGAAUGUUCACUACACACAUAGCGUACCCAGGACACUGUGGAUGCAACUCAGACAGCCAAUCACUUGAGUUAAACUCUAUUUUUAUUGUGAAGUGUAUAAACAUGUGCUAUUCAGGUUGUUAUCUAUGGAUGACACAAUGCCCGACUCUCUGUAGCUAAAUGUAUUGUAUCUAGAGUCUAGACGAAAGUCAAAAAAUUACUAUGUUGAAGCUCAAAUUAUUCAUAAAAGUGACUGCGCUCAGCUGUGGAUAAAUAAGUCACUUAGAAUGUUAUUUAGGAAAAAAAAUCACCAGAAUUGUAGCAAGAAAAAGCGGUGAGGUACAUAUUGACCUAUUUGCACAAUGAGUAAUGCUGGCGGACAUUAGGUUUGUAAAAUCUAGGUAGACAUUCUUCUGUGGUGCACAUCCAUUGAAUGAUGAAAAGUUAGACAUGUGACCAUUGAAUGAUGAAAAGUUAGACAUGUGACCAUUACCUAAUGAAUGUGUGCCACAUAAUAAUAUCUCCCUUGAAUGCACAAAUUUAAUAGGCGAAAUUCAUAGGAAUAAUCCAUACUUUUAGGAAUUCUACAAUAAUAAUCCCUACUGAGAGUGUUAAUAAAAAUAAUCCGAACUAGCAAUCGUGUCUACAAUUAUAAAUUGGGGUAAAUUUAAACUAAUACCCAUUUAAUACGGAAAUGGGUUUUAAAUGGGUUUUAGUUUGAGUUCACCCGGAGAAGAAGAGCGGUGAAUGGAAAUGUGGCAGUAGGGGUUGGAAAUAUUAAAUGGGCAUUAGUUUGAAUUCACUCCAAUUUAUUCUUGUGGACACCAUUGCUAGUUCGGAUUAUUUUUAUGGACACUCUCAAUAGGGGAUUAUUAUUGUAGAACCCCUGAAAGUAUGGAUUAUUCUUAUGAAUUUCGCCAAUUUAAUAUUGCUGUGGCAAUAAAAGUUAGCCACAUAUUAAUUGGUGAACUUGGAAUGUUGUUCACAUGCUAUCUGUUUCUUUAAUAUCUGUGCAAAAAGCAAUUGAGACUUCUAAGUUUGAUUGGAGGGAGUAUAUUUCAUUUCUACUUAGGAUUUUUUUUUUGAAAUUGUUAAACUGUUCCUGCUGGUUAUGAUAGACUGGGCAUUUGUCAUUGGCUUGAGAAAGAACCAUCCAUUUUUCCUUUGAUAAACUCUUUGUAGGCCAUCUUCUGGAUUUCCUUUUUUUUGGACAUCAAGUCAGUGUGCUAUGAUCUCUUCCUCUGUUCCUCUAUAGUUCAGGAAUCGUUUGAUAAAGAAAAUUGCAAAUCAUCACACAUCUGCAACACGGAAAAUGUGUUAUUCCUUGGAGAAACACCCAUUUCUCCAUGAUUAAGUUAACACUUGAAAUUUCAUGUAUGUUUUGCUUGUCCAUGGCCACAAAUUAAGGUUUCUAAGGUGAUCAAAUUGGGAUCCAUUUGUUGCAUCCUUUUCAACAUCCCAAUGCAUACUCUUUUUUCUGUCAUGUGCAUUUGAAACACCAUUGCUUCUGCUCUGCUGCAUCCCAUUGUUCUGUGCAUAAGCCGUUGGUAUGGUGGUGACUAGUCUGGCCUCGAACUAGCCGCAACCAUUCUAUAUAUAAGCCUCAUACUUUUUCAAUAUUGUCCUCGUUACACCGCAAUUGUACUAGAAUAUAUAUUUUCUGUCAUUUGUUUUUCACGGAUUGUUCUAGUCAUGAUCUCUAACAGCUUCAUAGAUCUUUCUGGCUUCCAUUUAUCCAAAACCCAAUGAUCAAAGUAUCUAAAAUUCCCCUUCUCCUCCUUAUUCUUUUUACAAAUGAUUUAUUUUCCCACCUCUUCACCGAAUUCUCCCAUACUGUUUGACUCUGAAUAUAGAAUACCUUAAAAAAUAGAUGAUCCUAUAAUCUCCCCCAUAAGAGUAACAUGGCUGGAAAGUUAGAAGAUUGAUAUUUGUAUAUCAUGUAAAGAAAAAAUUGGUGUAUUGUAGUGUAAGUGGCAACAUGGCAUCAGUUAGUGAAACAUUUUUUGUAUGUCCGUCUGAAGUUAUUGCAUACCCAGGUUAGAAAAUUUGAAGAUGCUAAGAGAUCUUAUCUUCCAGGCUUGCACAUGUUAUCCCACUAAACAAGUCAAAAUAUUGAUACAUCACAUCCGCAGCAACCAUCCCUUAAUCCCAAAUCAAUGGUGCUGGCUACAUGAACCAAUAGAAAGCAUUCAGAUACUGUCUAUGAAAUCCUUAUUUUCCAUUCGUUUUGCCACACACCAUAUGUCCAAAAUGAUAUAAUAAUGUUCAUAAGUAGUAAAGUCUUUCUUAACUCACAAAUAUAAUCUUAAACAUUAGGUAAAGUCCAUCUGAAGGUGAACUGAUUAGUGAUAGGGUGUACCAGUAAGUGAAUCCAGCUCACCCAGGUGCUUCAUUUGCAUUGAUAGUCAUAACUGAUAAGAUCUAAAGUUUACUAUAACUUCAAACUCACGCUGUUUUAUAAGCCUCAUAUGUUUGAUAUGUGAUAAUUCAUUGAUUCACCCCUUUGUAUUGUGAGUUUGAUUUUGAAGUGUACCACAAUCCAAGUGGGAUUCAACUCAAUCAAGUACAUGAAGAAAGGGAAAAACGCUUAUCAGGAAAAGCAAUUCUAAGAGGCCCUUCUGGUCAGUAUUGGAAGGUCAAAGUAUCUCUAAAGGAAAAGGGCUUGUUUCUAAGGAAAGGAUGGUGGGGGGAUUUUACAAAAAAAAUAUCUUUGUUAAAGCGACUUCCUCUUAUUUAGAUAUGAUGGACGCAAAACCAAAACUUGUGCAAUUCUUUGUGAGUAAAUGAUGUACUGAGGCUGGAAGCCUCUGAUUCUGGGAAAACAGGUCUGCAAACUAUGAUACAAUUCUUCCCACCUUGUAAAAGGUAAAUAUACCUUUUGAACUCAUUUCAUAAGCUCUUACUCUGUACUUAAAUUUUACCUUUUUAUUAUCAGUGAUCAGAUUGCCACAAUCUUUGUAAAAUAUCUGAAAAGGAAAGGUUGGCAGACUCGUGGUGAGGUACAUAAUAAGUUUUUUCUCAAAGAUUACAAAGGGAAGUGCUCUUAAAUAUUUAUCAAUGUUAAAACAUCUCGAGUUCUUGACCAUCAAGUGUAAACUUUUUUUAGAAGAAGUAUUAUUUUUAAUCUGUAUGUUUAUAUCUAUAUUGGUUCAAAUAAGUACAUCUGAGAUAAAAAUGGGAACUAAAUUUAUAAUGAUACGCCUUAAUGGUUACCUCCGUUUCUGUCGAGUAUUUAUCACAGGCUAGUUGUUUCCAAAUAGAUUUUUAAAAAUGAAAUAUGGGCCAAUACUGCAUAGAAAACCUUGGUGGCCCAACCCAAUUGCUAAGAAUCUUCAAAUAGGCGUAUAAAUGUAUCACUUACUCAUUCUAACCCUAGUAGAAUUGCUGCUGCUUCAACUUGAGAGUCUUUUCAGAAUACCAAGAUACUUGUAAGUUGAACAAGGUUCUUUGGUCUCUCCUUUUUUUAUCGCUAUAUAUACUGUCAUUCGAUUGAUGAAAGAUGACAGAAUCACAGAGGUCGGGUUUAAAGUUUGAUUAAUUUUUCGAACAGAAAGGUUCGUUUACUAGCCUUUUAAAUCUUGCUAAGAUUUCGACCUCAGAUGGUACAUUUGCAUAUCCCUGUGUGUUUGUGGUGUCUUGUUUUUUCCUUCCAUGUAUGGUGUCUGUUUAUUUUUACUAUAUUUAUCAUAUUCAGAUUGAAAAUAAAAAGGGAAAAUAAAAAGAAAUGGUAAAGAUAUAGUAAGUGUAGUUAAUUAUUUUGUUUAUUAAUUAUACCAACUUUUAUGUUCAUCGUUCCUUUUGAGGAAAGAAAAAAUGUGGAGAAUAGAUGCUAUGUGGCAUCGACUUUAUAUAUAUUUAGGAAUUUAUCACUCAAUUUUGUUUCAUUAUGUUCCUCUCACUCUAUUAUACCUUGACAAUUUUUGUAUAUAAGGAAUGAUGUGAAUUCAUAGAGGAAUAACAUUUAUUUUAUGAUUUGAUAUCUAGUGGACAUGGCAAAAAACAAAGAGUCCAAAAAGGUGACAAAUGUCGAAGUAGAUCACUUCUAUGGAACUAUAGGGCUUGAUGGGGACCAGGAAAAAAUGCGAGUCCCAAUGAAAUUGAAGAAGUACAUGAAGAAAGAGAAAAAAGGCUUAUCGGGCAAAGCAAUUCUAAGAAGCCCUUCUGGUCGGUAUAGGAUGGUCAAAGUAUCUCUAUUGGCAGAUGGCUUAUUUCUAAAGAAAGGAUGGGGUGAAUUUUACCAAGAAAAUAAUCUUUGUGAAAACGACUGCCUAUUGUUUAGACAUGAUGGAGACAAAACCAUGAUAUAUGAUGUGCAGAUUUUUUGUACACAUGGAUUAAUGAAGCCUGUAGCCUCUAAUUUUGGGGAAGAAAGGGUCUGCGAGCCAUGGGAAUGUAAUGCUUGUCGACCUGUAAAAGAUGAAAUUUUGAGUUAUGACGAUCAGCCUGAAACAUAUACACACAGGAGGGAGACGGAUGUAUCAGAGGCAACAGGUAUUGCUGCAAUAGAUUUGGAAAUACCAUUGGUAUGGCCAAUUUCUAUGGUGAUGGGGGGCUCAAAUGCACGCCAAAACGAGUUCAAAGGAAAAAAGUUGGCCUGACUCUUGGUUAAUGUUUUAUUUAAGAAUUUCAGUUUUUAUAACAAAGUGACUGUUAUUACUUAAUUUGAUUUGAAGUAUUUUGUUUUUCAGUAAAUUCAUGGAUCCAAGUAGUUAUCACAUUUGUUGAUGAUAACAAGAUUUAGUGAAGUUUUUAUCUGAAGUUAUUGUAUUUACUUUA